AUGCGGAACACACACUCUCUGAUGUCAUGUCCGAGUUUUAGGGUUGGUGGUGCGUUCACGGCCCUCCCACCACAGCAGACGUUCAUCUACCUGUCUCAGGUAUGAACCUCCUGUUUGACAUGUUUGAGCACGCGCCAAACUGUUUAUCACUGCCAAAAAUGACUUCCGGUUAAGGUCGGCUUUCAAAGUAAAAGCUGCAGUGCCACGAUAAGGUAAAAUACUGUACAAUGUAGAUUAAAGUGAAUUAAUGUCAUUAUAAGUAAAAGUUUGAUGUUGCAGGGCGGUUUGCUAUAUAGACAGUAGUCCACACAGAUACAAAAGCAAUAUAACAGAGUGUAAGAUCCACAGACAGCUGAUUGGAUAACAAACAGUCUGAAUCUGUUUCUGUUUAUCCUCAUAAGCAGAUGAUUCAUGUUUGACAUUUCAGGUUGCUGUCUUUAAUUUUGAUAAAGUCCAAAUAAACACAUUUUGUUUGGGGUCUGCAGAAUAAAGUUUAAUCUGCUCUAUGGAGUAUAAAAAAAGCUGUCUCACCAUGGUAACCAACUCUGAGGUCUUUACCUGGACCAGGUAUUGUUCAGAGGCUCUAAAACAGCAUCCUUUCAGUGAUCCUCUGAGAAAUAAUCUGAAGGUAGAAACAUUAUCAACUGUGAUGUUUAAUAAAUUGAGCAAAAAGAAACAGUGAUACUGUUUUACUCUCCGUCUUCUGUGUUUACCUAUUUGUUAAGGUGACGUAAACUUUUUAGAUUCAGCAGAUUUGUUACCCAUACAGGUAACUGGAUGGUCAAACCCAAACAUUCAUUUAUAAGUCAUAGGACAAAAGGGUUUAUUUCUAGUAGAGCUAAUAUAAGAUGCUACUGAAAAUGUAUUAUCAUGAAAAGUUCAAUAUUCUUCAUCAGUUAUGUUAGAAAUGUGAUAUAUUCUGUGGUCCAAAUGUGCCCAUUUCUGUUAUAACCUAAAGCUUUGAAAAGGACAAAUACAUAAAUCACUAUUUAAACAGAACAAAUCCAGUGUAUCUGAGUCUACUUUAAUACAUGCACCUUUUGCCACAGAGAAGACUGCUGAAAAGUCUGGCUGUUCCCAGUCUAUGUGAAGCAGAUUCAUGGACCGAAAGGGAAAAGGGAGGGAGGAAAAGUGGACCAAGCAACAGGGAUGAGAGCAGCCUGGAGAAGAUUCAAGAACUUAGGAGCUUCAUGAAGACUGGACUGAGGCUGGAGUCAGAGCAUCAAGAGCCUCUACUAUCAGAUGAGUCCAGGAAAUGGUCUACAAGUGUUCCUGCAGUCAAGAUCCUCCUGAGACAUCAUCAGAGUCUCACCUGGACUAAGAGGACAAAGAAGUGGACUAUGACCCAGUGGUUUUCAGAUUAUUGUUAUGUCCUCUCCUGA